AUGCGUAUUAGGGGAGCAAAUUCACGAGCUGCAGGCUGCACGCUGCUGGUGGUGCGCUCGCCGCCGGGCCGGCCCGCCCCCGCCGCCCCCACGCCCGCCCCCGUGCGCUACGAGCUGCCCGCGCAGGACCGCAACGACUCGGUCGCGCUGGCGCGCCGCCUCAAGAUCAAGGAGAUGAUGCGGCACGCCUGGGACAACUACGUGCGCUACGCCUGGGGCAAGAACGAGCUGCGGCCGGUGAGCAAGCGCAGCCACAGCAACAGCGUGUUCGGCGCCGCCUCCAUGGGCGCCACCAUCGUCGACGGGCUGGACACGCUCUACAUCAUGGGCCUGCACGACGAGUUCCGGCAGGGCCGCGACUGGGUCGCCGACAACCUCGACGUCUCCGACCUGACGAGCGACCUGUCGGUGUUCGAGACGAACAUCCGCUUCGUGGGCGGGCUGCUGACGUGCUUCGCGCUCACGGGCGACGUCAUGUUCCGCGACAAGGCGGCGCAGAUCGCAGAGCGCCUCCUGCCCGCCUUCCAGACGCAGACGGGCGUGCCCAACUCGCUCGUCAACUUCAAGACUGGGGCAAGCAAGAACUAUGGGUGGGCCAGUGGUGGCUGCAGCAUCCUGUCAGAGUUCGGUACCCUGCACCUAGAGUUCUCAUACCUGUCAGAUGUGACGGGCAAUCCUGUGUUCCGCAUGAAGGUGGACCACAUACGCAGGGUCAUCCAGGCUAUGGAGAAGCCGAAGGGGCUGUAUCCAAACUACUUCAAUCCCAAGACUGGCAAAUGGGGACAACAUCACAUGUCCAUUGGUGGCUUGGGUGACAGCUUUUAUGAGUAUCUGCUGAAGGCUUGGCUGCAGUCGGGCCGCGAAGACCAGGAGGCACGCCAGAUGUAUGACGAUGCUAUGCAUGCCAUCAUCCAGCACAUGGUCCGUGUAUCCCCUGGUGGCCUUACAUAUAUCUCGGACCUAAAAUUUGAUCGCUUGGAACACAAAAUGGAUCAUCUUGGUUGCUUCUCAGGUGGUAUGUUUGGUUUGGCUGCCCACACUCUUAAAAAUGAUAUGUCAGAAAGAUACAUGGAAAUUGCCGAGGGUGUUACUAGAACCUGUCACGAGUCGUAUGACAGGACUGCUGCGAAGCUCGGACCGGAAGCUUUCCGCUUCACUGAGGCUAUUGAAGCAAAAGCACUGAAGAGUAAUGAAAAGUAUUACAUCUUGAGGCCAGAAGUCAUUGAAUCAUACUUCAUCAUGUGGCGACUGACCAAGGAUCAGAAGUACAGGGAAUGGGGCUGGGAAGCUGUACAGGCACUGGAGAAACACUGCAGAGUUCCUGGUGGCUAUACAGGCCUAAAAAAUGUUUACCUUGAUGAUCCUCCAAAGGAUGAUGUGCAGCAAAGCUUCUUCCUAGCAGAAACAUUGAAGUACCUGUACUUGCUGUUCAGUGAUGACAGUUUGAUUUCACUUAAUGAGUGGGUCUACAAUACAGAAGCUCACCCACUGCCAAUAAAAGGUGUCAACCCACUCUACAGAGAGCAAUUAUAAGGACUGAAUCUUUAGGAUGCUAAUUUAUUUAUUUCAGGUUUAAAUGUUGGACCAGAGCUGUGAAGUAGAAUUUUCAGAGUUUGGAACAUUCUCCUGUUGAUAUUUUAGUGAAGAGAUGAUUUAAUUGGUUAUUAAGACUGUUAUUCAUAUUGAAUGACAUUAAGGGAAGGGUGACUUUGGGAAUAUUUUAACAAAUAAGUUUUGUAAGCUUCCAAAGUGUUACGAAGUAGUGAUAAAAAAGUGAAGUCACGGGACUGACUGAACCAUGAGAGGACAGUUGUGUUGUGGAGAUGCUAUUCUGUAAUAUACCGUGUGUUUCUGAAUACUGAAUUGAUGAAGACAAGAAUAUGUGUGUUUCUUUUUUAAAACUUUUUAACUCUUGAAAACAAAAGGAGUAGUGUAAAUAGAGCACAAAACUACUGUGUGUACCCUCUUCUUAAUGAACUGAGUGGCUUUGAAAGAAAAAAAAAUCACAUUGAAUAUAAUAAGGGUACAGUUUUUUGUGAUGUUUGAUAGCAUUCCAGUGUAAUGAGAGUAUCGGGCAGACUCCAUGAUUCAAAAAUCAAUUUUCUUCUCCUGUUGGUUACAUCAUACAGGAAAUCUCUAGAUUUCACAUAAGAAUGUGAAGUACAAUAUGGUAGAUGUUUACUUAAGGAUAUUGAAAACUGCUGUGUCCACAUUCUUGUACAAUGAGAUUUAUGGUUACGUUGAACUUGUGAAUGUUUUUAUAAUUAAAAAAAAAUCUUCUUUUA